UUAAAAUUGACCUCCUUUGAUCUUGAAAGACCGUCUCAAUAAAAGAGGAAAAACAAGCAGAAAGAAACACUAGUCUCUUGUUGUUGGGUCUGUUGUAUACUUUGCUUCUUCUAGGGUUUUCAUUUCUCUCACUUCUUCAAACCCUAAUCUCAAACCAUGAGUCGACAUCCUGAGGUCAAGUGGGCCCAAAGGGAGGACAAGAUCUUCAUCACUGUCCUUUUGGCAGACACAAAAGACUCCAAGGUUAACGUGGAGCCUGAAGGUGUUUUCAAAUUUUCUGCUACUGCUGGUGCAGACAAUCACUAUGAACUGCUGCUUGAGCUUUUUGAUAAGAUUAACGUAGAGGAAAGCAAAAUAAACAUUGGCCCUCGGAGCAUAUUCUGUAUUUUGGAAAAAGCAGAGAGUAAAUGGUGGAAUAAACUAUUGAAGGGAGAUGCUAAAACACCACACUACGUGAAAGUAGAUUGGGACAAAUGGGUGGAUGAAGACGAUGAUCCUGCUCCUGCUGAUGCUGGCAUGGACGGAAUGGAUUUUUCGAGCAUGGGAGGCAUGGGCGGUAUGGGAGGCAUGGGAGGUAUGCCUGGCAUGGAAGCAUUGGCGGGUAUGGGAGGCAUGGGUGGAAUGGGCGGUAUGGGAGGCAUGCCUGGCAUGGAAGCAUUGGCGGGCAUGGGCGGCAUGGGAGGCAUGGGUGGGAUGCCCGGCAUGGGAGGCAUGGGUGGGAUGCCCGGCAUGGGUGACUUCUCCAUGGGCGAUGACUUUGAUGAGAGUGAUGAUGAAGUUCAAGAGGCAACAAAACCCGAAGGAGAAGACGGUCAAAAGGUUGGUGAGGAAACAAAAACUGGAAUUUCAGAGGAGAAAGCAGAAGCACCUUCGAGCACAUGAGUAUCUGCUUGUUAACUAAAUGCACCAUGCCUCUAGCAUAGUUCUCGUGCUCUGAUUAUUGGACCUAGGCACUUUUUAUUGGCAGAGGCCUUUUUCGCCAAGUACUCCUGUUUUUAAAACAAUUUUAUGCGUUGGCGUGCAGAUAUCAAUUUCCCUGCCGUGUGAACUUUAGUUUGACUGUUAUACUCUUCAUUGUGAUUGUAAUAUGGUUACAGUGGUGCACGGUUUUUGGUUGAUAUUAUGAUUACCCUAUUGCUAUA